AUAAAAAGGCCACGUGGCAGCUGCAAAUAGAGCAAGGGUUUUGUUGUUUCUCGUGUCUUGCCACAAGCAACGCAGCGCGUCUAAGCUAGAUCGACUCCAUGACGACACUGGUUGGAGCUCCCAAGCCGCUCAAGGAGGCAAACAGCUUGGAGGCUGAAGAGCACGCCAAGUUUGCUGUGGAGGAGCACAAUCGCCAGAACCCAGAGGCGAAUCUGUGCUUCAAGAGGGUGGUGUCUGCUCAGACACAAGUGGUGUCUGGAACCAUGUUCCACUUGAGCAUCGAAGCUCACUCUGAGCAGCAUGGUACCGGCGUCUACGACGCCAAGGUGUGGACAAAACCAUGGGAGAGCUUCAAGAAGCUCGAGGAUUUCAAGCCUUCCAAACAAGAGGCUGCCGGUGCUGCCAUUGCGCUCGAUGAUCCCGUGGUGAUCAACGAGGCAGCCGAGCAUGCUUUGAAGGGUCUUCAGCAGAGAUCCAACUCUCUCAUCCCCUACGAGCUUGACCAUGUCGUCAAAGCUCAGGCGGAGGAGGGAACGAAUGCUCUGGAUCUCGUGCUUAAGGUGAAGCGGGGUUCUCGGGAGGAGCACGUCAACGCUAAACUCCACCGUGGCGACACCGGUUGGACCCUUACAAGCGCUCAUGUUUUAUAAUUACCUUAUACCCACCACUACCACCACCCUCUCUACACUAUAGAAUUUACGAAUAAAGACGUGUGCUUCCUCUUUUC